UGCGGACAGAGAGGCUGAGGAUGGCGACCUUAGACGUGGACCCAGAAGCUUCGUGUAGCAAAUUAAGCACAUCGCCAUCAAACACAAGCCUGACUCACCGAUUUCUCGACAAUAAGUUCUAUUUACUUGUGGUUAUCGGGGAAAUUGUUACAGAAGACCACCUGAGAUGUGCCAUUUCAGAUAUAGAGCGAGGUAUUCGUUCCUGGGACACAGACUUAAUAGCCUGCAAUCUAGACCAGGAGCUCAAGCUCUUUGUGUCACGCCAUUCAGCAAGAUUUUCAGCAGAUGUUAGAGGUCAGAAAAUCCUUCACCACAGAAGUGAUGUUUUGGAAACGGUUGUCCUCAUCAACCCUUCAGAUGAGGCAGUGAGCACAGAGGUACGCCUCAUGAUCACUGAUGCUGCCCGACACAAGCUGCUGGUGUUAACUGGACAGUGCUGUGAAAACACAGGGGAAUUGAUUCUACAAUCUGGUUCAUUCUCAUUUCAGAACUUCAUUGAAAGUUUUACAGAUCAAGAGAUUGGAGAACUAUUAAGUACCACACACCCAGGCAACAAAGCCAGCCUCACAUUAUUCUGUCCCGAGGAAGGCGACUGGAAAAACACUAAUUUGGAGAAACACAAUCUGCAGGACUUUAUCAAUAUAAAACUGAACUCAGUCUCCAUUUUACCAGAAAUGGAAGGACUAUCAGAAUUCACAGAGUACCUGUCUGAGUCGGUUGAAGUCCCGUCAGCCUUUGAUGUAUUGGAGCCCCCUGCUUCUGGUGGCUUCCUGAAAUUGUCCAAGCCUUGUUGCUACAUUUUCCCAGGUGGAAGAGGGGACUCGGCUUUGUUUGCUGUGAAUGGGUUUAACAUGCUUAUAAAUGGUGGAUCAGAUCGCAAGUCAUGUUUCUGGAAACUGGUACGACACUUGGACAGAGUUGACUCAAUUCUACUCACCCACAAUGGAGCAGACAACCUCCCGGGUGUCAACAGUCUGUUGCAACGUAAAAUAGCGGAGUUGGAAGAGGAACAAUCACAAGGAUCCACCGCUAACAGUGACUGGAUGAAAAAUCUAAUCUCACCUGAGCUGGGGGUUGUCUUUCUUAAUGUCCCGGAAAAUGUGACAAACUUGCAGCCUAAUUUCAGGGUCAGGAGGAAUACUGAAGAAACCUGCCUUACUCUCCAGUACUUAAACAAACUGUCUAUAAAGCCAGAACCCCUGUUUAGGACUGUGGGAAAUGCCAUUGAUCCAGUAAUACUGUUCCAGAAAAUGGGUGUGGGACGACUAGAAAUGUACAUUUUAAAUCCAGUGAAAGGAAGCAAGGAGCUACAAUAUUUCAUGCAACAUUGGUCCAGCAACAACAAAGCUAAAACUGGACUCGUAUUGCCAAAUGGCAAAGAUGCAGAAAUUUCAUUCCCAUACUUGACUUCAAUAUCUUCUCUGAUUGUGUGGCACCCAGCCAACCCAUCUGAGAAAAUAGUCCGUGCCCUUUUCCCAGGGAAUGCUCCACAGUACAAUAUCCUGGAUGGAUUAGAAAAGCUCAAACACUUAGACUUCUUGAAACAGCCAGUCGUAACUCAGAAAGAACUGAUAGCAGGCCUUGCUACCCCGACAGUUAAACAGGCAAAGGUGAAGCAACGCAGUGACAGCAAGGAGAGUCUCAAAUCCAACUCCCGGCCAUCUGUUGGAAAAGGAGUUAAAAAGGAAGUCAAGGAAGAAACACCCGAGGUAACGAAACCUGCUGCAGUUAAUCACCAAGAGGCUGUUAAUGAAAAGCCUCAGAAGGUAGAAAAGAAGGAGAAACCUGUAGUUAAGAAGGAAAAAAGCAGAACUGAAUCACAGUCUAAGCCUGAGGAGAAAGAGGCAAAAGCUAAAGCAGAACCCACUAAACAGGAACUUGUAGAAAGUACACAGAAAGACGAGAAGGUAAAGUCCGAGAACAAGGCAAAACCUUUAAAGGAAAAGGUUGUGAAGAAGGAGGUUAAAGCAAAGAAACCAGAAGAGAAGAAAAAAGAGGAAAAGGAAGUAAAAAAGGAGAGUGCCAAGCCAGAGGCGAAAGAGGAAAAAGCCGCCAUUAAGAAAGAAAAGGUGAAAAAAGAGGAGAAACCUAAAAAAGAAGAAAUAAAGAAGGAAGUAAAGAAAGAUAUUAAAAAAGAAGUGAAGAAGAAAGAAACACCAGUAAAAGAAGUGAAAAAAGAAGAAAAGAAAGAAGUCAAAAAGAAUGACAAAGAAGUCAAAAAAGAUGUAAAAAAGCCCAUUAAGGAAGUCAAGAAACCUGUGCCAGCUACUGAGGCCAAAAAAUCACCACCGAAACCCAAAGUAGAAAAGAAAAAUGAGACAGUAAAGAAGGAAGAUGCUAGCCCAAGCAAACUGAAAGGAAAGGCAAAACCAGGCAAGAAAGAAACUAAGGUUGAAACUGUUGCUGCAGCUGGAGCAGCGGCGGCCACAGCAGCAGCAGCGGUUACAGCCACAGUCACUGCAGCCGAACUUGAAGUUGAACGAUCACUCAUGUCCUCGCCAGAAGACUUAACUAAGGACUUUGAAGAGCUUAACGAAGAAGAGAAGAGAGACACCCAGGCACCUCCUGUACCAGUAGAGGAUUCAGUACAGAAUGAAGUACAAGUGGAAAAGAUAGGCCUUACAAUUCAUGGAGAUGCUCUAGAGACAGAUGAGUCUCCUGAUGAAGGAAUAACAACCACUGAGGCAGAAGGUGAAUUUGAGCAGUCUCCUCAAGAGUACAUUGAGACAGAAAAUAAGGAAGCAUUAGAACGAUUCGAGGAUGAAGGAGCAGGUUUUGAAGAAUCCUCUGAACCUGGGGACUAUGAAGAGAAGGCAGAGACUGAGGAUGUUGAGGAACUAGCAGGGACAGUGGAUAAGAUGGUUCCCACCAAAACUGAACUGGAGCAUGUUGUUAUUGGGAAGAAAGCUGUGGCUGAGGACCUUGAAGCUGAGGAAUUAAUUGAAACUGAAGAACCGGUUGAUGUUGAAGAGAUGGGAGAGAGAGAAGAGAUUGAAGAAUCAGAAUUAGCAGAUGAUCACAGAGAGCAAAAGGACAAGCUUCUUGCAAAAGCUGAGACUGAAGAAGAGGCAGAGGAUGAAGGCAGUAGAGUAGGUGACAUUAAAGAUGCUGAAAUGUAUGAAGAGAAAGAGAAAUGUGAGAUUAAGAACAUUGAAGAGAAUAAAGUUCCAUCUCCUGGUGCAACUCUGGAUAAACUCUCCGCCCUUCAUUCUUCCAUCAUUGAUCAAACAUUGUCUAUUCGUAAUGAGACAAUUCCUACUGAUUUUGAAAGUGAGGCAACAGCUUCUGAUGAAGAAACCCACGAGGAGCCACCUGAAGAAUUUACAGCUACAUCUGGCUUUACUCAAUCUACUAUUGAAAUCUCUAGUGAGCCCACCCCGAUGGAUGGAAUGUCCACACCCAGGGAUAUUAUGAGCGACGAGACCAACAAUGAAGAAACUGAAUCACCAACUCAGGAGUUUGUUAGUGUAACAAAGUUGGAAACAACUGUUAUUUCUCAGAGUCGAGAGGGAGCCAAGCUCUCUCCUGUGCCUGACACUUACAACGGGUUUUCACUGGAAAUUUCAAAAACCGAUGUGACACAAGGUGAUGAUUACCCAGCUUCUGCCUCAACAAUAUCUCCUUCAUCUUCCCUGGAAGAGGACAAGUACUUCAAACCUCCACCUGCUGACAUCAGCAUUCCUAAACAUGAAUAUGAAAAGCAGGAGGACUUUGAUGUUGAAAAACAAGAGAGUCAAAUAAAAGACUUUGAAACCAAAUUAAGCCCGGCAAGGAGUCCAGCCGAAUCCUCACCACAAUCUAGGACACCAUUAAGCGACCGCAACGUCAACUUUGAUUUGACCCCAUCUGAAAUCAAGGCAUCCACUGAUCUGACAGCUUUGGAAAAGGAAGCUCCAGUUGAUCAGUGUGCAAGUCCUGAAGAGAAAACCCUGGAAAUGACCUCACCCGCACAGUCCGGAACUCCUAGUGCUGGCCACACUCCAUUUUAUCAGUCUCCAAUCGACGAGAAAGACAGUAAAGUUCCAGCUGAUGUGUCAGGAAAGCUCCCAACACCUAUUAUUAUUGAGACUGACGAUGUGAAAGCCGAUGAGACCAGUCCAAGGUAUAGUCCCAUGGAUGAGCCUGUACCUGAUUCAGAAUCACCUGUUGAGAAAGUUUUGUCUCCACUGCGUAGUCCGCCGAUGUUGGGUUCCAGUUCCCCCGUUGAUAGUUCUCCAAAUGAUGCGGAGGAAUUCCCAGUACAGUAUCUGGAAGGAGCAAUGGAACUCACGGGCGACAAACUUAAACUUCUCUCUUCACCCCGACUUUAUCCAUUUAAUGAUUUCUCAUCUGGUCCUCCUGCUCCCGAAAAAGAUCAGGCAGCUGAUUUUGAAUUGUUGACUCCCAAAGAUAGUUUUAGCCAGGAACCAAAAUUAGAAGGGGGCACUGUUGGUUCUUUUGCAUCACUCGGGCCCUUUGAAUCACAUAAAGUAGGAGGGGAGCUUUCCCCAACAUUGGUAGAUCUCAGCCAGAUUGGUUCUACCAAGGAAGACAGCAAAAUGUCAAUCUCUGAAGGAACUACAUCAGACAAAUCAGCCACACCUGUCGAUGAGGUGGUGGCAGAAGACACCUAUUCCCACAUUGAAGGGGCUGCAUCAGCUUCAACGGCAUCCCUGGCCACCAGUUCUUUCCCAGAACCCACAGCAGAUGACGUUUCCCCCUCAUUGCAUGCAGAAGUUGGAUCUCCUCAUUCAACUGAAGUAGAUGAAUCCCUGUCUGUAUCAGUUGUGCAAACGCCUACAGCCUUCCAAGAAGCAGAAGUUUCACCUUCCAAAGAGGAUUGCCCAAGGCCCAUGUCAAUUUCUCCUCCAGAAGUCUCUCCAAAAACUGCAAAAUCCAGAACACCAGUGCAGGAGGUCAGGUCACCUGAACAUUCUACAAUGUCCGUGGAAUUCAGUCAGGAAUCCCCUGAACAGUCUUUAGCCUUAGACUUCAGCAAGCAAUCUCCUGAGCAACCUUCAUUUAACGCCAGCUACCAGCACAUUUCUGAGAAUGGGCCGACUGAGGUAGAUUAUAGUCCAACUGAUAUGCACGAGACCCAGUUUAUGCAGCACUCUUUGCCUGCACUUGACAAACCAUUCUACAGUCAAGAUAAAGAUCACUUACUGUUUGGUUCAACCCCACCAACAGAAGCUUCUCCAACAACUUCAUCAGCUCGCACUCCACAAACAAGUUCUCCUCUCCAGGAAGAAUAUGGUGUUUGUACUUCUGUCUCAUCUGCCAUCCCCUCUGAAAAAACAAUUAUUGCUGGAGAGGCUUUACUCCCAGAGAGGCUCCCAGCUACCGGUUCACCACAAGCAACUUCUCCACUGCAAGAGAAGGAAGACUUACAGAUGUUUGAUGUUUCACAGCCUCUUUCAUUUGCAAACAACAUUUCUCCUUUUCAUAGUUCUGAUUCACCAGCUUCAGGUAUACUGCAGGAGAAAUCUCCAACAGGAUCAUCAAUAUUUUCUUCUUCAGAACAAGUAUCUGCUGCAUUUGCAACACAUUCAUACCAAGAGCCUUCCCUCUCACCGAGCAAAAUUCCAGUAGUGCAGACAGACAUCGAAGAAGUGGAGGCAUUCAGUAGCAAACAAGAUAAAGUCAAAGACACUUUUGAGGUUGAUGAUGGACCUUUUGCAUCCAGAACAGAGGCUCAGUAUCAUGCAGACAAAUGUUAUAAAACUCCUACUUCAUUCAAGCUCAACAUGGCUGAUCUUUCCCCUUCUUUCAUCAACCCUAGCCCCUUGGAAUUUUUUGAACAAGAAGAUGCUCUUGAAGAUUUUGAAAGGCCAUUGACCCAAGGUGGAGGAGCUCAGCCACCUCCUGGUGGAAAGCACCAGGCACGUCAGUGCGAUGAUACUCCAGGCACAUCAAUCAGUGAGUCAGCUCCAUCACAGACUGAUUCCGACUUCCCCCCUGGAACAGAAGAAUGCCCAUCCAUCACUGCAGACGCUGCCUUAGACUCUGAAGAUGAGUCCGAAACCCUUCCUACAGACAGAACACUUGUACAUAGACAGAUGGAUCCCCCGCCUGUCCCCUUAAAGGACCCCAGUCCUCCUCCUCCACACCCAGACGUUUGCAUGGUAGAUCCUGAAGCAUUGCCUACUGAACAGAACUUAGGAAAGGCAGAUAAAUCUUUGAAGAAGGAUGUUAAAGAAAGAACAAAAACCAAAAAGCAGGUCACAAAGACAAAGUCUUCCUCUCCUUCUAGAAAAUCUGACAACAAACCAAAGCACCCCAGUGCUCCUUCCAGAACAAAUGCACUUGCAUCAGCCAAGGAAUCAUCUGAUAAAACUGCAAAAACAGCUUCCCCUAAAAAGGAUUCAGCAGACAAGGGGCCCAAAACUAGCACCAAUCCAGAAGUGAAACAUGCUCGAGGUGAUGACAAAGAAGCAAAGAAUGCUACAAAUACCACAAACUCAAAAUCUGCACACACCACUAAAAAUCCAGGUUCAAGCAGCAAUAAGGCAGCAGGCAUGCCGUCGGUGCCUCCCGGACCCCCUGUUUACCUUGACCUGGUGUACAUUCCAAAUCACUGCAGUGCCAAGACGGUGGAUGCUGAAUUUUUCAAACGAGUGAGAUCUUCCUACUAUGUAGUGAGUGGAAACGACCAGGCAGCUGAUGAACCAAGCAGGGCUGUACUGGAUGCUCUUCUGGAGGGCAAAUCUCAGUGGGGCAGUAACAUGCAGGUUACCCUGAUUCCAACCCAUGACUCGGAAGUCAUGCGGGAAUGGUACCAGCAGACGCACGAGAAGCAACAGGACCUGAACAUCAUGGUCUUGGCGAGCAGCAGCACGGUGGUCAUGCAAGAUGAAUCGUUCCCUGCAUGCAAGAUCGAACUGUAACUGGGAGUUCCGCAGAACCAGAACAUUCAGCCAGUUGUUUAAGGGGAAGCACUCAAAUGGAAAUUUCAAACAAAAGAGGAAAGCAGAUGUAACUCAAUGUCUGCUGAAUACUGUACAAUAGAUUUGUUAUACAGGUCACUAGGGUGUAACACUUUCCAGACUAUUUAGUUCCUAUGCUGAGGCAAAAUUUUCUUAUUCUUACAAAAAAAAAUGCAGGGUUUAAAAUACUUGGAUCUGUCACGCUCUGAAUCCGUUGCAAUUGUGGUGUGGUUGAUAUUGGUUGAGAUUUUUUUUUGUUCAGAAAAAAAAUUGAAAGUGGGUGAACUUUUCCAUAGCAAAAAUGAAUCACCAUCUAUCUCUUAACAGCAGUCAUUUUAAAGUGUGAAAUUUAGCUUUUUUGAUGACCAUAAUGCCGAGGCCAGGCAGUAUAAUACUAUGAACUCCACGUGGAAACACUCUUUCACAUAUACUGGAAUCACAAGUAUUUGAACCCUUUUCACUUAACCAGCCGAUCCCCUCCCAUAAAAAUGCAGAAAUAUUUAACUAAGGCAUGUUCCCUCUGUACCAGCUUCUUGAUAAAUUUAAUUCUGCAUAUGAACGUGGCAUAUUGCCAUUAAGCCUUGAUAAAACUGCAUGCUUUAAAACAAUAAUAUACCUAAGCAGAGACCAAAGGAGUUGGGAGUACACAUACUAGUCAUUUUGCCUUAGACAGUGACUUGAAUGUAAUGUGAUCUAGGUUGCACUUUUUUAAAAUGGGAAGUGUAUGAGGCAGACAUCAGACAGUGAAGACCAGCGUAGGACGGUAGUUUGAGAAGUGCUGUGAUUUGUGUGUAUGUGUGAAUGUGUCCGUACUUGUAAGCGACAACAUGGAUUUCCUUGAGACCAGUCAUAGAAGAUGUUCCAAUGUAAUGUAGACUUUUUUGAUUUCAAAGGUGGUUGUUUAUAACAAGCACAGGAAGAGAUGGAAUUGGAUAUGAAGGAAAAAAAUCACUGCAAGUGUGUGAAAAGUUUUAUUUGUUGUUUUGGUUAUGUGGUAUAUCAUUAAUAAAUAGAUUCCAUUCUGUUUAGUUUCUAUUUUUCAUCCAAAAAUGGCCAAGUAAAGGUUCACUGGUUGGGUGCAUUAUGUUGACUCAGAAGGGGUGUUUUUUAUAACUCUCUGAACUAUUGAUCUUUUAUAGUUCUGAACAUUAUCUUUCUAGAGCCUUAUUCAUCACCUGUAUAGCAUUCCUUUAACAGUAAUACAUCUAAGUUUGUAUAGGUCUGGUAUUGUGCAGUCACUGGUGAAAUUCUGUUAAUAAUGUACAGCUCAAAUUUGAAUUAAUUCAGUUUUAAUUCACAUUUGAUAGAGAUCUAACAGUGGAAAUACAAUUUAUGUAUCUUUUACGAUAUGUUGUACUUCGAAGCAUUUAUAAAUUAUAAAACUUUAGUUAUUUUCUUUUGAAACCCAUAUCCAUUACAUAAGUUCUACCUAUUGGUAUAAGUACACCUGAUCUAUGGUGAACAGAAUUGGAAUAUUUGGGUUGAGGAUAUAGAUGUUGGAAACGUUGGAAGAGCUGUUGCUUUAAUAUAAAUUGAAUUGUGUA